AUGUCGUUCGACUCGCUGCAAGAGCGCCUGACAGCGCUGCAGGAAACCACAGCACAGGUGAGGGAGCUGAUCGACCGACUCGCAAACCUCAACUUCCAGCCUGGCUCGGUGCCCCUUCCCGGCGGGGAUGGCCUCGGCGAGGACGACGAUAAUGUCGCGGCGGAGCUGAGCGGCGAGAUCGGCAACAUCUUGCGCGAGGAGGAGGAGGACCUGGAGCUCCUAGGCGAGGAAAUCACGGACCUACGCGGCGGCAGGGACGGCAGCGACGCCGCGCGGCAGAAAGAGAGACUGAGGGAGGGCGCGGCCAGGCUGGAAGGCGAGGUAAAGAGCUGCCGCGCAUCCUUCCAUAGGGCCCAGCUCACGGCGAAGCGUUCCCUCGAGGCGGCCCAGCGGCUCGAGCGCGAGCUGCUUCUCCAGUCAUACACGCGAGCGGCCUCGACGCCAAGCCGGUCGGGCGCCAACUCGCCAGCCCCGCCGGCGGGCCCCGCGCCGCGACGACGGCAGACGCAAAAGGCCACGGGCAACUACGGCGACCCGGUGGUGGCGGCGUCGUCGGACCUGACGGUGUCGCUGCGGCGGGCGCACCAGGCCGUGACGGACGAGCUGUCGCGCAGCAUCGCGGUGCACGAGACGCUGCAGGAGUCGACGCUCAAGAUGAAGUCGCUCGGGUCCAACUACUCGCGAAUGGACGACAUGCUGCGGUCCAGCCGCGACCUGGUCGGCGUGCUGCUCAAGAGCACCAAGACCGACACCUGGUACCUGCAGACCACCUUCUACAUGCUGCUCGCCACGCUGUCGUGGCUGGUGUUCCGUCGCUUCAUGUACGGCCCGCUGUGGUGGCUCGUGUGGCUCCCGGUGCGCCUCGUGUUCCGCACCGGCUCCACCGCCGUCGGGCUGGCCGGCGGGAAACCCGGAGCGACCAUGGAGGUCGGCGUCGCGGGCGGCGAGGGACAGAGCGCCAAGGUCGUCGGCGUCGGGGAGGAGGGUGCUGUGCCUACUGCGCAGGUUGGCCGAGCGGACAAGCAUGCGGCUGAGAGCGAGACCGGCGAUCCUGAAUCCAUGAUUGAUAAGGUAGGCAGGAUAGUCGACAGGGUUGAGGAGCAGGUUGGCCACAGGGACGAACUAGACGACCGAACGGCUGGGGAGGAUGGGAAUGAGGAACAAGGCUUCGUGCCGACCUCUGGUGACGACCUAGUCGGCCAGGAAGCUGCUGAGCGGUUACGGGACGAAUUAUAG